AUGGGGCGCGUUGACGUUGAUGAACCUACUUCUCGUCGUCUGAAAAGCCUGAUUGACCGCCGAGUCCUUACGAUUAUGGUCUUCACCUAUCUUGUGCAGGCUUUAGACAAAGGAACUCUCAGCUUCACAAGUAUAAUGGGCAUACUUGACGAUGUCCACCUGCACGGAAAUGAGUAUGCUUGGUUGUCAACCUGCGUUUACCUCUCAAUCUUGGUGGUUGAAUAUCCUACUAAUUGGAUUAUCCAACGAGUUCCAAUCGCCAAGUACCUUGGUUGUAACAUCAUUAUAUGGGGAUCUGUUCUGGCACUUCACUCAACGGUCAAAAGUUUCGGAGGUCUCCUGGCAUGUCGUAUUCUGCUCGGCAUAUUUGAAGCUUGCGCUCAGCCAUCCUUCGUUCGCCUUUCGGGUAUGUGGUAUAAGCGUGAUGAGCAGGCACAGACCGUUACUUUCUGGUAUAUGAUGAAUGGAUUUCAGCAGAUGAUCGGGGGUCUAUUGGCCUAUCUGUUUAGUCUGAUUGGCUCCGAUAAAGUCAUUAAAUCCUGGCAAGCUCUGUUCAUCACAUAUGGAUGCUUCUCGGUACUUUUCGGAAUUUUCGUGUUGGUCUUCAUGCCAGAUUCUCCUAUGACAGCAAAAUGUUUCUCCGAAGAAGACAAGAGGCUGAUGAUUGAACGAGUCCGAGACAACCGAACUGGUAUUCAGAAUAAGAAAUUUCGGAAAUACCAGGUUAUUGAGGCUUUAAAAGAUCCUCAAAUGUGGUGCUACUGUGGAAUUCAGCUUUUCACAACCUUGCCAACAAGUGGACUCGGAACAUUUGCCAACAUCAUCAUCAAAGGAUUUCACUUUACAACACUUCAAACUCAACUCCUUUCUAUGGUUCUGGGUGCAUACAUCAUUUUUGUCCUUCUGACUUCGAUGUGGCUCGUCAAAAAGACAAAUCAAAAUCUGAUAGUCAUGGCGGCUUACUGCAUUCCCUCCUUCAUUGGAACUAUUGUUCUUAUGACAGUGCAGAACAAGACGACGGCCACAAAAGCCGGCUUACUCUUAAGCUACUACAUUACGCUCUCAUUCUGGGCCGCACAGACUCUUACCCUCUCCAUGAUCUCCCGAAAUAUUGCCGGGCAGACUAAGAAGUCGACAGUCAUUGCCGCCAAUUUUAUUGCCUGGGCUACAGGUAACGCGAUAGGCCCACAGAUAUUUUUGACCCAUGAUGCGCCUCGGUAUUUCACUGCCUUCAGCAUCCACCUUGGAUGCUAUACGCUCUUGGAGCUAGUUUUGCUAUAUCUGCGGUUCCACCUCAAGCGGCAAAAUGUUAAAAAAGACCAGCUGGCCAGUGCGGAAGGGUUCGGAACUGAAGAGGCUGUAAAUUUCGAAGGAUUCGAGGAUCUGACGGAUCGAGAGAAUUUGAGAUUCCGCUAUGUUUACUAA